UUCUAAACUUUUUUUGAUCAUUUAUUAAUCAAUAUAAUUUCCUACUUAGAAUUUGACAAUGAGGAAGCGACAAGUAGUGAUAAAAAGAUCAAUAGGUAAAGAAAUGAGGAAUACAACAACAAAUUCAGGGCAUAUACAUAGAAAUGUAAGGUAUAUGGAGUGCCAAAAGAACCAUGCAGCUAACCUUGGUGGGUAUGCCUUAGAUGGAUGCCGAGAGUUCAUGGCAAGCGGGGACGACGCCACCAAUCUCGCCCUCGUUUGUGCCGCUUGUGGUUGCCACCGGAACUUCCAUCGUCGAGAAGUCGAGACUGAGGUUGCUACGGAGUGUUCUUCUUCGUGAUCCACUAAAACUAUUGUUUAUUAAUUUCCCUUAGCUUCAUUUUAUGGAUUAUUUGUGAGAAGUGUACGUGUGUGCAUGAAAUUAUUUAAUAUGUAUGUCAUUGUCAUGUUUAAGUUAUAUAACC